AUGACAGGAUUCCCCAUGACAGACUCAGGCAUCUCAGAAGUGGCUCAUCUACAACUGGUGAAUGGUUCGAGUCGCUGUGCUGGGAGAGUCGAGGUGCUGUACGACCAGGUGUGGGGAACCGUGUGUGAUGACGACUGGGACAUAAUUGAUGCUGGAGUCGUGUGCAGGCAGCUGGACUGUGGGACGGCGUUAUCAGCCCCAGGAGGGGCUCGAUUUGGGCGAGGAUCUGACCCUAUCUGGCUGGAUGAUGUCACCUGCACAGGGACAGAAGUUGCCCUCUCCAGUUGCAGGGCUCGGCCUUGGGGAGACAACAACUGUAACCAUGGAGAAGAUGCCGGUGUUGUGUGCUCAGGGGCUGCUAACGAGGAGUUUCGCAAGAGAGUUCUCCAGGUGAAGGAGGAGCAAACACAGCAUCCUUGGGCUUCCAUGACAGGAUUCCCCAUGACAGCUUCCAUGACAGGAUUCCCCAUGACAGACUCAGGCAUCUCAGAAGUGGCUCAGCUCCGAUUGGUGAACGGCCCAAGUCCCUGUGCUGGGAGAGUCGAGGUGCUGUACAACCAGGUGUGGGGAACCGUGUGUGAUGACAGCUGGGACUUACAGGAUGCUGGAGUCGUGUGCAGGCAGUUGGACUGUGGGACGGUGCUAUCAGCCCCAGGAGGGGCUCGAUUUGGGCAAGGAUCAGACCAUAUUUGGCUGGAUGACGUCAACUGCGCAGGGACAGAAAAUACCCUCUCUGAUUGCGGGGCUCAGCCUUGGGGAACGAAUAACUGUAACCACGGAGAAGAUGCCGGUGUUGUGUGCUCAGGAACUGCUAACGAGGAGUUUCUCAAGGAAGUUCUCCAGGUGACGGAGGAGCAAACACUGCAUCCUUGGGCUUCCAUGACAGGAUUCCCCAUGAGAGACUCAGGCAUCUCAGAAGUAGCUCAGCUCCGACUGGUGAAUGGUUCAAGUCGCUGCGCUGGGAGAGUCGAGGUGCUUUACAACCAGGUGUGGGGAACCGUGUGUGAUCAUGAUUGGGACAUAACUGAUGCUGGAGUCGUGUGCAGGCAGCUGGGCUGUGGGACGGCGUUAUCAGCCCCAGGAGGGGCUCGAUUUGGGCAAGGAUCAGACCCUAUCUGGCUGGAUGACGUCACCUGCACUGGGACAGAAGUUGCCCUCUCCAGUUGCGGGGCUCAGCCUUGGGGAGACAAUAACUGUAACCACGGAGAAGAUGCCGGUGUUGUGUGCUCAGACGCUGGCAUCUCAGAAGUGGCUCAGCUCCGACUGGUGAAUGGUUCGAGUCGCUGCGCUGGGAGAGUCGAGGUGCUUUACAACCAGGUGUGGGGAACCGUGUGUGAUGGCGACUGGGACAUAACUGAUGCUGGAGUCGUGUGCAGGCAGCUGGGCUGUGGGACGGCGUUAUCAGCCUCAGGAGGGGCUCGAUUUGGGCAAGGAUCUGACCGUAUCUGGCUGGAUGACGUCAACUGCACAGGGACAGAAAAUACCCUCCCUGAUUGCGGGGCUCGGCCUUGGGGAACGAAUAACUGUACCCACGGAGAAGAUGCCGGUGUUGUGUGCUCAGGGGCUGCUAACGAGGAAGUUUCUCAAGAGAGUUCUCCAGGUGACGGAGGAGCAAACACAGCAUCCUUGGGACGUGUACAGGCCAUGAGAGGUGCAGGAUGUUGGAAGAUAAGCGUCUCAGUUUAGCUUUUUCAAAGAUUGAUUUCAAUGUGUCAGAGCCAGCAGAAGAGGGAAGAAGAGGACACUCAGGCACUGAAGGAACAUUUCAGAAAUUUGGAAAUAUGAAGAAUUUUUGGUUUUUGAAGAGAGAAAUAAAGAGCAACAUGAGUUUAACCUACCUGAUUUCUUAACUGGGAAUGAGGAUGUGUGUCAAUUUCAGACUAGUUCCUCCUGUGCAAAGGGAAAAUGUGAGUUUGAUGUAAAGAGAUGAUGCUGUAUUAUAAAUUAUAAUUUUAUUUCUGUUACAUGUAUGCUGGGCUGUAAUGUAUGAGAGGGCUCACUUUCUAGUUCAUCAUAUGAGUCAGAAUUUUCUUUUUGUUAUCUUUAUACAACUAUUAAUUUCAAUUUCCUUUUUUUUCAAUAUAUUCAAAAUAAAAUAAAAUUUAAAAAUGAAAAA